AUGUCAUUGAGCACUAGAUCCUACGGCCAGAAAACCCUUAGCGUGUACGGUGGAGCCGGCGGCCAUGGCACCCGCAUUUCCUCCGCCCAGGCAUGUUACUUACCUGCUCCGGGCUUCAACUUGGCCGACGGCCUGGACCUGCACGUGGGCGCCAACGAGAAGGCCACCAUGCAGAACCUCAACGACCGCCUGGCUUCUUACCUGGAGAAGGUGCGCACCCUGGAGAAGGAAAAUGAGCGUCUGGACAAGCAGAUCAGAGAGUGGUACCAGAGCAGAGCUGUCAUCAGCCACGACUACACCAACUACUUCGCCAUUAUUGAUGAUCUGAAGGAUAAGAUCCGGAUCGCUGCAAGGCUCAAUGCCAAGACGAUUCUCGAUAUCGACAAUGCGAAACUGGCUGCUGAUGACUUCAAAAUGAAAUAUGAGAAUGAGCUGGCCAUGAGAAUGGCUGUGGAGGGUGACAUCGCUGGGUUGAAGAGGGUGCAGGAAGAGAUGAAAAUGGUCAGAGUGGAUCUGGAGUGCCAAGUGGACGGUCUGAAAGACGAGCUCAUCAUGCUCAAGAAAAACCAUGAAGAGGAAUUAGCUCUACUCAGGAGUCAGAUGGGUGGUCAGGUAAAUGUGUCCGUGGACGCGUCACCCUCUCCAGACUUGAACCAGGCUAUGACAGAGAUCAGAGAGCACUAUGAGGCUCUAAUCGCCAAAAAUCGCAGGGAACUCGAGUCCUGGUACCAAACCAAGAUGGCAGCAAUAGAGCAGGAAGUGAUUACACAGACCGAGUCCCUGGUGACGUCCCGCACAGAAAUCAAAGACCUGAAGAGCACUCUCCAGAGGCUGGAGAUUGAACUGCAGUCCCAUCUCAGCAUGAAAGCAUCCCUGGAGGGCACCCUGGCAGAGACGCAAUCCCGCUACGCUGCACAGCUAGCCGGCCUGCAGAACAUGGUGGUCAGCUUAGAGGCCCAGCUUUCCCAGAUCCACGCAAACAUCACCAACAAUAAGCACGAGUACGAUAUGCUGUUGGAUCUUAAAACCCGACUGGAGCUGGAGAUUGCAGAGUACAGACGACUGCUGGACGGAGAAGAUGAGAGCUCAAAGCAAGUGGUCACCAAAGUUAUCACGGUUGUGGAGACUGUCGUGGAUGGGAGGGUGGUUGAGAGCAGCAAGACUGUUGAUGUAGAUGUGGAUGAAAUUGAGUGA